AUGGCGACGAUGGUUCGCCCGUUGCGACGCGUGUCGCCGUUCGCACGGCACUUUCGCGACGUCACGCGCACGUACGUCUCAUGGCGUGUUGACAACGGCUUGAGGAAGUUCCAGAAGGGUGCCGGACUGUUGGCCACCGUUUCCGUCACGUUCCUCUUGGCGCAGCAGUGUUUACGACCGAAGGUGGUGCACGCCUCGAAACCUCGCAAGAGGGAGGAUGAUUUGCAUAAAGCGGUGAAGCUGACGACAAGGGAGAGGAGGUUCAUAAAGUUUGCAUCAGUGGCUUACGAUGGCCAGCUCUACAUGACCCCGCAGGACUUUCUCGACAGCGUUAUUGAUUCCGAACCACGGCCGAGACUCAAGAGGCGCGUGCUGUCCGAUCUGGAGCUUGAAGUGAUGCGGAAUUCUAAUCCUUCGCUACGCCAUGGGAGCACGCACAUGUUCCGAAAUUUACGAGAUAAAGGAAUAAUUUCCUACACGGAGUACUUGUUUUUACUGUCUACCCUAACAAAGCCGAAAACUGGUUUCCAAAUCGCCUUCAAUAUGUUCGACACCGACGGGAACGAGCGAGUCGACAAAACCGAGUUUCUUGUGAUUCGUCGAUUACUCGGCGGCAGCCUGAAGGAACGGGAUCUCGACGAACCGACGAAACGUGCAUUACGUUCCAUAAUUGCUCCGAGCGAAGACGUUCUAGACAAGCCGAAACUUCACGAAGGUCGUCCAAUUAAAACAGACGAAAUCAUCUCUAAUUCUUACAUGGAGAAAGUGUUUAGUCACGCAUGGAGAGGCCGUCAUGGAUGUGAGACUAAAGAAGAAUUGGAACAACUGCAGGAGCGUCAGAGAACACCAGAAGAAAUUCAGGGCCAAUUCAUCGACGAUGAUCAGGGCUUGCAACGACGUCAUGCUGUGGACACAAGCUUGAUGAUACAUUUCUUCGGUAAAGACGGUACUAACGAAUUGAAAUAUGAAGAUUUCAAACGCUUCAUGGAGAACUUACAGCACGAAGUAUUGGAGUUAGAAUUUCACGAAUUCAGUAAAGGACACGACACGAUCAACGAAUUGGAUUUCGCUAAAAUUUUACUGAGAUACACGUACCUCGAACCUGACGAGUAUGAUAAAUACUUAGACAGGAUGAUGGACCGAGCGGAAUUGAAUAUUGGUAUCACAUUCGAGGAAUUCCGUCGCUUCUAUCAAUUUCUGAAUAAUUUGGAUGAUUUCUCUAUAGCGAUGCGAAUGUAUACAUUGGCCGACCAUCCCAUAUCCAAAGAUGAGUUUCAACGAGCUGUGAAAAUAUGUACGGGAAUGGUGCUCUCGACACAUAUAAUUGAUACGGUUUUUGCACUGUUCGAUGAAGAUGGGGAUGGCCAACUCUCUUACAAGGAAUUCAUUGCAAUCAUGAAGGAUAGAUUGCAUAGAGGCUUCAAGUCUCAACAACGCAAUGAAGGUUGGGAAGCAUUUAAAUUCUGCGUGAAACAAGAGAUGAAGGCACCUUGAAGGAACAAUUACCACGUGACAAAACACAAAAAUGUAGAAGAUAUUCGACGUACUUAAUAAGUACUUACAUAGAUCCUACAACUCCAACAAUUGUGAUAACAUCGAUGAUCGCUCAACCAUAUUAUAGUUUUCUGUUUUUGAACUUGUAUUUAUUUAUUCUAACGUGUUAAGGCAUGUGCGAGUACUUUUCAUCUAAUAUAUAUAAUCAAAUAUAUAAAGAUAAAGCAUACAAUGCAAUUCAUGCAAACAAUCACAUUGUACGUGAAGCUGUUAAUAAGCCAGUGAUUGCAAAGCGAAAGCACAUUUGCAUUCUAAUACAAACUAGAAGAUAUAUCUUAGAUAGAAAUUAUCUUCUGUUAUUUUUUCAAUGCUACAAGGUUUGAACGUUAAAUAAUUUAUUAUUCUCACAUGGUUAUUCAUGAGUUACUUGUACAGAGCUUGUUUUGAUUAAAUAUUUUUCCUUUGAUUAUUCGUCUCGCACAACAAACUAUUUACCGUACAGAAUAAUUCGAAAUUCGCAUAUUUUUAUUAUUUUUUAAAUAUUAGAUUUAAGGUUACACAAAGAUCAUUAUCUUGUCUGUUUUGAGAUCUUUUGAGGCUUAUUGUAUAAAAAAGAUAUUACCAUUUUGAAAAAACUUAUAAGUGGAAUGAAAAAGUGAAUUUUUGCUAUGUUAUUUUUCUCUCAAAUAUUAGAACAAUAAUUAUUUGUAGAUUGGUUUCUAAUAUUUAUUAUUGAGGUAAAAAUUCCUGUAAUACUCUACGUAAAUAUUGUUGCCAAAGUUAAAUUAUCUUAGAGUUAUAUAAGCUAUCAUAAAUUAUAAUACGAAAGUAAAACUAAAAUAAACUAAGAAAAGAACUUACUGUAAAAAAUUAAUGUAAUUAGCUUUGAAAACCGGCGGAAUAUUUCACGAAAGAUGUCACUAACGACAAUUCUGUUAUUUGCAUUCUGAUAAGUGUUUUUUUUUCGUCAAAUUCACAGGGUCCACGAACUACGAGAUCGUAUGAACAAACUCAAGGUAUUCGUAUAUAGAUGUAAUUAUAUCGUCAAGAUAAAACUGGUUGACAUCG